AUGAGCCAAGCAGUUGAUUACUCCUUAUAUUUGGUAACCGAUUCUACCAUGAUCCCUGAAUCAUGCACGUUUUUGGGUCAGGUAGAACAAGCAAUUGACAAUGGAGCCACCAUAAUUCAAUUACGAGAAAAAUCACUUUCAACCUUAGAUUUCAUCGAAAGAGCCGAGAAAGUCCACGAAUUGACUAAGAAAAGGGGAAUUCCUUUAAUUAUCAACGAUAGAGUCGAUGUUGCUCUUGCAAUCGAUGCUGAAGGUGUUCAUGUGGGUCAAGACGAUAUGCCAGCCAAAUUGGUCAGAAAACUUAUCGGAAAUGAUAAGAUCUUGGGGGUCACAUGUUCUGUUCCAUCUGAAGUUGAAGCAGUUAUUGAAGAAGGCAUUGCAGACUAUGUUGGGUUGGGAACUGUUUAUAAGACUGAAACUAAGAAGAAUGUUACUGACCCUGAAGGAACUGGUCCUAUUGGAGUUAGAAAAAUGCUUCAAGUUUUACACAGAUAUAAUUCGAUCAAGGAGAAUAAAAGAAUCUCGUCUGUUGCUAUUGGUGGUAUCAACCAUUCGAAUGCGGACAAAGUUAUGUAUCAGUGUUCAAUACCAGGCCAAGCCAUAGAUGGUGUCGCAGUAGUUUCGUGUAUCAUGGCAAAUGAGGACGCAGGUAAAGCAACAAGAGAAUUGCUUGUUAUAAUCAAGUCAAAGCCAAUAUGGGUAAAUGACACAACUGAUGGUAGAGAAUCUGACGUCAGGCGUGUGAUAGCUCAAUUGACAGAAUCUCACCCAUUAGUUCACCAUAUUACAAACAACGUUGUAAAGAAUUUUAGUGCAAAUGUCACUUUAGCAAUAGGCGCUUCUCCAAUUAUGUCUGAAUUACCUGCAGAAUAUGAAGAAUUUGCUUCUGGAAUCCCUAAUAUUGGUCUUUUGUUAAACUUGGGUACUCCAACUGAUGAAUUAAUGGCGGUGUUUAAGCACGCGAUAUUGGUUUAUAACAAAUAUGGUAAACCAAUAGUCUUUGAUCCUGUCGCAUGUGGUGCUACCCAAGCAAGAUUGGAACGUUGCAGAAUUUUGUUGAAUACUGGUCAAUUUACUGUCAUCAAAGGAAAUGUAGGCGAAAUAAUGGGUAUUUGGAAGUUAACCAGUUCGUAUAAGGCGUCCGAUUCCGAUGAUUCAUUGAUGAGAGGCGUUGACUCUGUUGCAAAAUUAACCCCAGAGCAAAUAGUUGAAAUAGGAAAGAAAGUUUCUAUCGACUUCAAAACCAUGGUUGUAAUCACAGGACCAGAGAACUAUAUGAUUCAAGACGAUAAGGCUUUUGUAGUUCCAGGAGGAAGUAAGCUCAUGGGUUUAGUUACUGGGUCUGGUUGUUCAUUGGGUAGCACCAUUGCUGCCUUUUUGGCAGCCAAAGCGGAUGGCAAGGAAAUGAUAGGAAAUUCGUUUGACGCUUUCAAAGCUGUUGUUAACGCAGUGCGUCUUUACAAUACCGCUGGUUCUGAAGCAGCUACCAGAUCCGAGACUCCUGCAAGUUUCAUGAUCGAUUUUGUUGAUCAAUUGUAUAAACUUACAAAUGGAACCAGUUAG